AUGCUAAUCCGGCUGUUAGAAAUGAGAACACUUCGUAAACUUAUCUUUCUGGUCUUUGUGAAAACAAUGGUUCGUUGCACCAUCAGUGGUUGGUACACCUCGAAGUUAUAUCCUUUCGGUAAAGAAGCUGGCGACUCACCUUUGCCUGUGAAAGAUGAUGUGAGCUCAGACGCAAUUUCAACACCGCCGUUUCAUUUCUUCGAACUGAAGGUCGAAUCGUUUUACGUAAGUAUUGGGCAGGAAAAAGUAAUAUUUUAAGGAGUGAGAAUAUAUCUCCUAGCGAUCUUUUGUAAAUCAAUCACUAGCUUUGAAUCUUCUUGAAUACUUUGAAUUUUCACUCAAAACGAAUCUGAUUCACUGAGUCGGUAGAUUACAGAAAAUAAAUUUUUGUUUUCCUUCUUCCCUUGGGGUUUUUUUAUUUCUCUUUUAUAAACAAAAUCAGAUGGCUUCAUAGUGAAUGAGUUACAAGUUCGUGGGGCCAGGCCAACAUAUUUAAAAGUUCAUUGAUUCAAAAUGUGAUGGAGUUAAACUGCAAGCGUCAAUAGACAUUGUGGGCGGACGGCAAAUUUACCUCUUAUUUCUUUUCUUUUCCUUUCAAGCUUUGAAUAGAUUCAGUAGAAAAAUAAAACAUUCACAAAGGAUGCAAAUUUUGCUAUAUUUUAUGCUCAAACCGGGAUGAUUAACAGACAUUAAAAUUCAGUUUCUGCCGUUUGCUCAGCGUUUGUAUCUACGCGCUUUUCACGAACUUAGCUAUCAUCUUAACGUUAGAUAGAACAUAUACGUAGACUAGCUUUAACGUCGGGUAGUCAUUGAACGUAACUGUAUGUGUGGUGCAUGCUAGCAAGUCCUGUUUAUUGUUUAAUUAUUUCAACUGCCAGGGAAUACUUUGUUUUCUUAUUGAUAAUGCAUACUCAAAGUAUCCACUUCCACCAGAGUUUUUCUCGUGUAUUCACCAGUGAGUGUUAUGAAAUACAUACCUGUCAUUUUUUUUUUCACCACCAUUUCGUAUGAACAAACAUCUAAUGGUCAUUGCAGGUUUAUGCAGCCCUUUAGGGUAAUUCCUAGUUUUCUCGUUGCGGUAAAAUUUGAUAAUUUUUGUAACUUUCAAUUUACUAAGGUUUUCAAGUCAAAUACCGGCUCUCUGAUUUUAAAAGCAAUGUAAACAAUACGUUGAGGAAUUCUACUAGUUUUUUUAAAAUAUUUUUGAGUGCCCCUUUACUGUAAAACGGUUGGGUUGACCGUUGUUACCGAAUGGUAGGCGGCAAGUCUCACGUAUUUUGAUUACGCAAACGCAUAGCGUUUUCUAUAAUCGAAAUCUGAAUCACAGACAUCGCAGCUCACUAUAUGGAAGAAUUACUUUUGUGACCAAAGUAAAUAAUUGAUGUAUAUUUUAGGAUUGAGCUCGCCGUCAACAUCGGGCGACUCUCAUAAAGAUUAUGUGUACGAUGCUUGAAAAAGGCGAAGAAAAAUGUAUGAGGACGACCAAAGUAAAUAAUUGAUGUAUACUUCAGGAUUGAGCUCGCUGUCAACAUCGGGUGACUCUCAUAAAGAUUAUGUAUACGAUGCUUGAAAAAGGCGAAGAAAAAUGUAUGAAGACGACCAAAGUACCAAGUAAAUAACUGAUGUAUACUUCAGGAUUGAACUCGCCGUCAACAUCGGGUGACUCUCAUGGAGAUUAUGUAUACGAUGCUUGAAAAAGGCGAAGAAAAAUGUAUAGAGACGAAGCAAGGGGUCAUUUUUUCUAGACACCCUACAGGGUACAUGAAUUGAAGAGUUUGAAAUACUGGAUUUUUUCUGUAUACCAAGGCGCAAUUAGAAAAUAACAUCAGAUGGAGUGCAGGAGAGUGCAUGUUAACAUAUCUUUUGAAUCAUAAUUCAGUGAUACUUUUUUUUGAAGAAUUCGUCGUAACUGCGAUGAAACAGUCUAUAUAAGCGUACAAUGUGUCAUAACAGAAUUUGAAAUUCUGGUGAAAGGAAACUUUGCUUAACAAUUAUUUUGGUACAUUUUUUUGACACCUUCUGGAAAAUUCGGCAAUUAUCCGUUUGCUAAUUAAAACCAAUGUUCGAAGCUAUAUUUCCAAAUCUACAAAAUUAAGUUCCCCGCGUGCUUCUUUAAUCUGCUUAAAUGUUUAACGCGGCUAUGCAUAUUACAUGACGUGACGUCCAAAUUCUUAUUAAAUCAACAACUUCCUCUUGGGGAAAAUAACCGCGGGUAAACGCUUUUGCAUGAAAAGAAGCUUAAUCUAUUUGCCUAGGGCUGAUUUUUAUCUUUCGUGGCAUUCGCCGUCGUUGAUGAUUUUAAAAUCAGCUGAGGAACCGAUUUUGAAGUUGUUAUCUUUGCAGAGUAAAAUCGUUAACAAGGAGCUAAACCGGGGAAAUUACAAAAAAAUGUUUGCUAAGCCGAAUAAGAAUAUUUUAACAAGGGUUUUAAUAGCUUGUAAUAUAAGCGGCUGCUUAUUGGCGGCUGUGCCGAAAGGCGAACCUAAUAAAGAAAGCUAGCUCGCGGCUAAAAAGACGGCAACAACCGUCUGUUAUUGAAGUCGCUGGUUUUAGGAUAACAAUUCUCUGAUACUUCAUUUUCCAUCAUAUGAUUUGUUUCGUUUCUUCAGAAACAUAAGGAAAUCGUAUGAAGAACAUUCCAUUAAGUUAACUGCUUCAGUAUCAUGAUAAUGGUAAAAAGACGAGUUGUAAUUAACUUACAAUCAACAGUCUGUCUCUUUAUAUUUAAACUAAGUUAUUGGAGUAAAAAGCAAUAUUAAGUUUAAUCUAGCUGGAAAUCUCGUCCACUAGGUACAUGAAAAUGGACUCAUCUCGUUUGGUUCUUCGUUGAAAUCCCAAGAGCCACUAUCUUUUCCGCUUAAAAGCCGCGCAUACGUAGCCGCACCAUAUUGGGCAGAUGUAUUUACAAAAAGAGGAGGAAGGGUCUGGUAUCGAGUUACUACCGAACAAGCGAUCAUUUCCAGGGCGGCGAGAGACGUCAUCCGCGCAUUUCCACGCGACACAAAAUUUGUGGCAAACUGGGUUGCAAUCGUUACAUGGAAUGAAGUCUCAUUCUUUGGAGCCAGUGGUAUAUACACAAAGAAUGUAAGUGACAGUGUUUGAAUAUUCUUGAGAAAAGUGAAAUUUUUCAUUUGUUCAUCUCAUACAUAGUGAUGUUCUUUCGUUGGUAAGUGGCGAAUUCACCCCUCUGCAAUCACUCGAUUCGAUUGCUCGCAAAGGUGGUUGGGGGCAAACUUGCAAUGGGGCGAAUUCACCAUAAACCCUUUCGUUUCUUGUAUUUCAGACAAACACAUUCCAAGUUGUCAUAGCAAGUGGAGAGCAUAUGACAUUUGUCUCAUUCAUCUACGAUAACCUUUCUUGGACAACUGAUACCUUGCAUGGAGGGAACAAUCGAGGUUUGGGAGGCAAAGCAGCAAAGGUAUUUACCAAGGAUUUUCAUUUAGUAGGCUGGAAAUUUAUCUUUUAAAAAUGUUUAAAUUAAAAUUUUUUCUUUAUCUUUGGAAAAUUAUCUAUAGAAAUUUUCAAUAGAGUGUCGAAAGUUAUCCGGGACUACUUUCGUUUUGUAUUAUUUGACUGAGUGACUGUUUCACUCGAAAACUUGCACCACUUUCAUAUGCAAGCAAUGAGAUACAAAGCUAAAACCCAUCGCAGUUUCGUCACUCGUGUUUCCCUGAGCUUUGACAGUUUGCUUAUUCUUACUUCUAAUUCUCAUUGAUCGACUAAGAUUGUUUCCUUUAUUCCGAUUAUUGACUGUUGUGAUCACUUUGGUUUUGGUUUGGCGACUCUCAAACGAAAUCCUCCCUAAAAUAAUGAGAUUUAAUCUUUUUCAGUUCUUCCAGCACGUACAAGGAGGUUGCUUUUAAAAUUUUUCAUUACUUGUAAUCAUAAAGGGUUUCAAAGAUUUUGCGUAGUCUCAACAUAUUCUAGGUAACUGCAACUGGGGUUUAAAAGGAUUUAAAUUAUAUGGAAUAAAGGCAAUGAUAUUCAUAACAAAAAGCAACCAUCUUUGCCUGAAUUUUUUUAUGUUUGCAUGAGAAAAGAUGAAUCAAAUGGAUGAAUGAAAGCACAAGCGUAAGUAACAAAAGAACAAGCGAGCGAACGAAGGAAAAGAAGGGAUGAAUGACGAUCAAUUGGGAAAUAAAUCGGACAGUUUAAAAAUAUUUUACAACCUUUGACGCAUUUAUCCCAUUUGACGAUUAAUGAUAUCAAUAAAAACUGUAAUGAUAGAAGCCAGUACAAGAUUCUUCGUUUUCAUAUUUACAAAGGUUGGCUUUAGCUUCGGAUCUUCAUACCAAAAUGUACAAUUCUCUGGGUCAAAAGAAGUUUUGAGUCUAGUAAACAGAACCAACUGUGGUCAGCCGGGUGUUUGGCUGUUCAAAGUUGAUACCGAAGAAGAUAUGAACGAAAAAAGAUGCGAAACCCCAGGUAAGACUGAAAUCCUAAAGAAACACUUUUAACCCUUUUAAGGUCAUAACUGUAUGUUUUCUCUCUCUUUUAUUGAUUCAUUACCCACUCUCUAAUCAGAUUGACAUCGUUAUCUUUGAGAGCCCAAAAAGUUAAUCUACGUUUGGUUUUCAAGGCUUUGCAAACUACAUUGCUGUUGAAAGUCAUCUCAUUACUGACAUUUAGAGCAUUUAUUCACAUCCUAUGUUGGUGUUUAACUGGUUUAGAAAGGCAAAAUGAAAAAUUCUAGUUGCUCAAGUUUAGCUCCUAAAGGCCGUGAGUAAUAAGAUAACUUAAAGCACUGGCCCGUCUUAAGUAACAUCGUCCCAUUCCUGAAAAAAAGUUUUAGCAAACAUCGCCCUCCAGUCGAAUAGAGAUAAUGCGUCCAUAAAAGGUGUAUUCUUGGAGUAACUACUUCCUUUUACAAUUAUUAUUAACAUCCAAGGCACAGUAUCCAUUCAUUCGGCCGGUGGAAAGCUAAACAGUGGCUCCAACAUCCUCAUCACUGGACUGUGCUAUUGGCCCGGUAUUGAGUUGCGAUGCGAAUUUGGCGAUAUCGGUGUAGCCAAAGGAUACAAAGUCAACGAAACGAAAGCCAUUUGUACCGUUCCUUUGUUACCUACGAGAAAAAAACAAUCCGUCUUUUACAUCUACCCGAAUGAAAAUGAUGAUUUAAGCUUCGCGCAAGAAUUUGACCUGGGUAAGUAUCAUGGAAACUAAAAUCUUUUAAACCUCGUUGCGUUCAGCAAAUUUCAAAUUCUGAGUAAUUUUUUGCCAAACAGGCUAAUUUUUAAAAAUUUCCUAAAGCUAGAUUCAAUAAUAAUGUGGGAAAAGAUGUUUUUCGUCUUGCCACAAGCGUGGGACAAAGAAAAAAAUAUUCUAAGUCUCCAUGAGGAAUCGAACCUCAGAACUUCGGAUUUCGUGCUUCGAUGCUCUACCAUUAAGCCACGCUCGUGACAUGACGAAAAAUAUCUUUCUCUGUUUCUUUACCGAGCUCAAAACUUACCAUCUCUCUUAUUGUAUUCACAAACAUGACGCUAUCGACAUUGCUGAUCCUAGCUGUAUGCAGGGCGCCAGUCACAUGAACUUCGUGGUACACUUCGCUCACCGUAGAGUCUCGGCUGUGCCUCAAUGGUUGAGCAUCGGAGCGCGGAAUUCGUUUGGUUUGAUUCCUCAUGGGAACUCAGAAUUUUUACUUUGUCUCAUGCUCGUGACAAGACGAAAAACGUCCUUCUCUAUUUCUUAUCCGAGCCAUCUUAUCUACCAUCUCUGUUAUUCUAUUAACAGUAAUAAUUUUUAGUAUGCCUAGGAAAUUUUUAGAACAUUUUGUUUACCAUACUAUCCCAAUAAUUUUUUGUUGUCGAUGUUGUAACUUUGUGUUGAUGAUUGCUGUUGUCAUAUUGCUUAUUAUAAAAUAAUUCAAUAGUACGCGCGCUCUGAUUGGCCAUAAAACCAUUUUACAUCUUCGCGUCGUGGUUUCCUACGCUUAUCUCGUGUUCUCCCAACCUCCCGCGUGUUUACAUCAGGCUAUGUAAACACGGAAACCAUUUUACAUUUCUUCAUUCUCCUUCUUCUACUUCUUGUGGUGCUAUUAUUCUGGUCAGGGUCUUUAGAGGUGAUACAGCUUUUGAUAAAUUUAGAUAUGAUUAUAUCUAUACAGUGAAGCAAAGUAACAAUAAUCAUUCGUUUAACAAACAAGAGGAAGGCAAUUACAUGCUCUAAAUGAGCAUUUAUCAUAUUGGAUUUCAGAACCUGUUUUUCUUGACGAUAUCACUGUGCAGAGAAAGGCUCCAGAUACAUGGACUACAGGGAAACGAGUGAACAUCACCUGGAAUGUCUCAGACCUGGCGGCUGACUUGCCAGUGACAAUAGAGAUUAUAGAUCUAUCAUACAAUCAAAGUGGUAGAGAAUUUCAUAAUUAUACUACAGUCGUGUUUAGCCAGCCGAACACGGGGAAAGCCGAGUUUGAUCUGCCACUUAUGGAAAAUUUGAGGUGAGUCGAUAAUACAGAGAAACUGUCCGUUUUUCCAUGGUUUUUGUUAUUUGUAGGAACAGAAUGAACUAAACCGUGAUUUGUUGUAAUUUCCAGUUAUUUUUAACCCUGUUUAAUUUACGUCCAGGAGGCAAAAACCUGCGUGAAAUUUAUUGUUAUCACAUAAUCAGGCUUUUUUCAGUUGUAAUGGGAUAUCGGUGACAAUACUAAUCCAUUCCACGCUCCAGCAUUUCUUUGUCCAGAGCAUAGAAUUUCACGGGCAUUUAGUAGAAAACAUCGCAUCUAACCUUUCACGUAGCGUUUGUAGCUUGGAGACAAUCGUUUAAAUUUUAGAAAAUCGGACAAAAGUAACGAUAUUCACUUCAGUUGAUUCUCUUGCUUCUAUUCGAUUGCACAUAACCUGAGUCAGACUCAUCACUAUAUGAAUAUUCCAACUUGUGUUUCUUCACUGCAUUGUUCCUUUUCCCUUAGAAAGAACCCAAGUGCACCAGAAACGUUGCAGAUGGUUAGGGUUCGAAGCUUGGUUGGAAAUAGUUACAACAAGUUCGUGGCAAGGGAGUGGAUCGGAAGUGAACUCUUCCUGCUAACAAAUCAGACUGCGGCCAACGGAAGCUGCUCAAGUUGGCUACAAAAUCAAACGCAUUCUCUCAUGAUAAGUGAGUAUAUAAUGUGCAUUCUAAUAAUAUAUAGGUCCCAAACGAACGCCUAUAGUUUUAAAACCUUUUAACUUCCAAGAUCUAAUCGUUAAUACCCCACUCUAGCUCUUACUCAUUUCCUUGUAAACUAGUUAAGAGAAUUUCAUUUUAGAUUCCACAUAAAAACUUCUACCUGAUAUGUUUAAGUAUUCUCAUUACCUGUUUGCUAGAUAAAGUACGGAUAUAAUAGGGAGGAGUUGCACGUUAAUUACUUCUUGGACUUAAAGUGAAGUCGUUGCUCUUUGCUGGCGUAACCAGAACGUUGUUAAGGGUAGAUGAAAAAAUACAACCUGGCCAUCCAUCACGGAGGAAACAAGUGUUAUUAAUAUCUCAAAUUUUUCACCAGCAAGUAAUAACCACUUAACACCCUGCCCCAAGACUCGACGACAGAUGAACGCAGACAUUGGAAUUUUCAGGGAACACGACUUGUGCGAUACAAGUAUCUUGCCUCUUUGUAAAUUCUACUUUAGAAAGGUCGAAACAUGCUACAAAACAACAGUUACAAGGUGGGUAAAAAUUUAAAAUGCUGAUAAACAUUACUCUGGAUCAAGUAUUAUCAAACUUGAAAAUGCUACUCUGAAUUCUCUUUAUCAGUUUGUUAUUGCUACAUGUUGAGGGCAAAGUACUUUUAAUGUGAAAUGAGCAGUCACUAAGCAGUUGUAACCAUCUUUCCAGCCACAAUUUAAUCAUUACCUUUGUGGGUGUCUUCCAGCGAUCGAGGAAUAACGCGAGCAUGUUGCUAUGACAAGGAAGGAGAAUUGACUGCAGGGCCACCUGGAGAGUUCGUAAAUCGAAACAAACACGCUGUCAGGAGUGGAUCAAUAUUCCCUUCCAUAUGGGACAAAAUCAUUCCUUAUCUGCAGUGCUGUAUGUUUUCUAACAAUUGCUUUAAAUAUCAAGAGCUGACGACAUCGGAGGGGCGAUAUCUCCCUCCUAACAUUGGCAAGUAUUGCUCGAUGUUGUCGAUCUACUAGAUACUGAUUCAACUGAUAUCAUGAGGAAUUAUAACGUGUAUGCAGUGUGUUGCUCUUUCUAAACAAACACAGAAAUCCCUGUCUUUAUUUCAAGGACUGAAUCCAAGUUAUGAGGUAAAAAAAAAACUUUAAUAGGGUUUUUAAAACUAUGACAAAGCCAAGUUGGUGUUAGCAUUAAUUUUUUUUCUUUAGUUUUAUUGCUUUACGCAUGAAGUUACUGCUGAUAUUUUUCCGUCAGCUUUUGGGUUUGCAGUUAGAUAAAAUCCCAAGAAACGUUAAACUUGCAAACGAUUUUCCUUGGGGACAAAUCUAAACUAAGCUUAUUUUUCAGUCUUUUAUCAAUUUUUAAACACUUACCAGCCUUCGCACAACCAGUCGUAACUGAUUGAGGGUAACUCAACUCAGGAAGUGGUCUGAUUUAAGAAUGACGUUUUAUUUCGAUUUCAGGAGCAGCAUUCGGUGAUCCUCAUAUUCAAACUUUAGAUGGUGUGGAAUAUACGUUUAAUGGUUUUGGCGAGUAUACAGUCCUCAACGUCGACAAUACACGGUUUCUUCUCCAAGGGAGAAUGCAGCCUUUGAAAGGCGAGAAAAGUGGAGAAGCACCUGCCACAGUUUUCACUGCGUUCGCCAUGAAAGAGCAAAGAAGUAGCCUCAUUCAGGUGAGUUUUUCCCGGGUUUCAAACUCUGCUCAAAUAUCGCUUGAUUCUUACUGAAUACUUUAUGUUAAUCUUCUUAUGAAAAUCCUUCGUCCUCCCAUCGUAACCUAUUUCAGCGUAAGAUAGAUCGGGAAUGUGGUAGGAAAGUGAAAAUAAAAGUUUUAUCAUCAAUAACUAUUCAGUUAGAGGGUUGGUGUGAUCUAAAGUAAUAGAUAAAACUAGGCUGUGCCGCUGAUGAGAAUAAAAUCAACAAAAUUUGACAAAAACUGUGUUUUCUAACCCGUAGGUGCAACUAAAUGAACGGCAAACUAUAGACAUUCUUGUCGACAGAAAACUGGUCGUUUUUGAUUACGAGCCACAACCUAGAGGAGUGUUUAUAAAGAACAGCUCUCGUGAAAACAAUUCAAGAGUAGUUGUUGCCUUUUCUUCAGGGAUUACUGUAUAUGUUGAAAAUGCCGCACCAGUUUUGCAGAUGGCAGUAGUUGUCCCUGUAAAGUUCAAAGGUGCGUGAAUUCUUCAGAUGCAAAGCUAGAAAGGUGUAAAAGAGGCCUUUCGUAUUAGAGCCUGUGAACAUCUGCUUUUAAAACGGAAGGGGCUAGAGAAAGUACGUGUAUGUACCUUUCCGGCUCGAAUCACUGGAUUUGAACCUCCGUUUACGACUGAACGAUGUAGAUGGUUGAAACAAUCCUAGGAAUUUUUUCAUUAUUAUUUUCAUCAACUCUAGCUGCUUAUUAUUUUAAGAAAAAAUACUAUACUUUGAUGUAAACCGUUUAAUGUUUCGUAGUCUGAAUCUGAACGAUUUGCACUCUUACAGGAAAAACAAGCGGUCUUCUCGGCUAUUGGGACGACAAUAGUGAUAAGGAGUAUCUUCUGCCAAACAACGAAGUCCUCAACACCGCGUCAACCAUGUCCGAGUUACACUACAAGUUUGGUCAGCAGUGUAUGUCUCUCUUAUCCUGUAGUCAUUAAUGUUCACAACAGAUUAAUCAGCACAGUUGUGCUGGCUUCAAAACACUACCAAAGCAUAGGGAAAACUACAACUUUAAGUUUGUAAAUAAAGCUUAGCAAGGAGCUACGAAAAAAUUGGCAACAGUACAUAAGAGGGUUCAUGAUGAGAUGUCAAUUUUCUUUUUUUCCCUUCAAUCGUUCAUUUAGGGGUGACGAAAGAGAUCGAUUCUCUGUUCAUGUACGGCCCAGAAGAGGCUCAUAGGGACUUUUUUGAUCCUUCUUAUAUCCCAACGUUUAUGGAAGGAUAUUAUCCAAUAACAUCCAAGAUGAAAAGUGGCAUGAAAAAGAGGGCGCUCAAGACGUGCGACCACUCAUUUCAAUGCAUAUUUGACAUCGCAAUAACAGGGAGAUUUGGAAUCGGCCAGGCUACCAAGGAGUUCCAAGAAUGGUUAAUGGGCAUGAAAAGGGAUUUACAUGAUGAAGGUGAGACAAAUGCAAGCAUGAAAUCAAACUCAUGUUUUUUGUUCCUUCUUUUUGAGUUAAGCAUCACCUCUUAUGAAGAAGGCAAAGUUUUAAAUCUCAAUACACCUGUCGUACUGUCUCAUCGCAAAUAUCUAUAGCUACUAACACGCCACGCAGCCUAAUAAGCAAUAAAGGGAACCUCCUUGGAAACUAAGCAGCAGCUGAAUAACUUUGACUUAAAUCUUGCUUCUGAAGGAUGUAACGUUGUAUUGAGCUUUGAUCGUGGGUCUGUACGAAGGGACGUCUCAGGAGAUCAAGUAACGCAUCACUUUACUUGUAAAAAUGGUUACACAAUGGUUGGAAAAGACAAAAUGUCUUGCCGUGGAGGGGUCUGGGAUGGAUCGAAACCAACCUGCAUAAAAGGUUAGUGAAUGUGACUAUGCGAUACACAUAUAAGAUAAUGGUUUUGAAUCAGUCAUAUUUAAGUAACUUAACUCAAUGUGUUUUGUCUGACAGCUUCGAAAGGGUGCGGGCAGUUUUCGACAUCAUUUAAAAACGGGCACUUCACUGGUCAAGGUAACAAAGCAGGCGAUCGAUACAAAUUCCAGUGCGACUCAUCAUACACGCUCGUAGGUAAAAAAGAAAUUGUCUGCGAGAAUGGGGAAUGGAGCGGAGAAGUUCCUUCUUGCAAAGGUAGUUAAAUCUUUAAGAUAUCUCAUUAAAUCGAGCCCCAGACCUUGGGAUGCUCCUCUCCCGAGCUAUAAAGAACUCAGUGGUAAGUUAGGCUCUUUGAGGAUGGAGAAGGAAGCGUCAGUGGGAUAUUUACUCUCCCACCGUAAGCCAGUCUCUUAGUUUAUCGGAGUAUGGUUCUCCGUCAUUCUCUCUGCGCCACUGGGAAAAUUUCCUGCGUGCCACUGACCUGAAAUUUCUUGGACAGAUACGUUAUGGGCAAGAAACUCACAGUAUUUCUGGUUUCUGACUUAAAAAGACUUUAAAUUGCAUUCUGAGGGGCGCACUUGGCCUGCCUUUAUAAUUCCUAGCAAACAUAAAUUCAUUUUUUCUCCUCAGCUAACUGCUCUCAAAUAAAAUUAAACAAUUCUCAAGUUACAGUCGGGAACGGAGGCCAACUUAUCAUCCAAUGCAACCCGGGAUAUACUUUGUCCGGAUCCAGAGUAAUAAGCUGUCUGAAUGGACUACUGAAUGGAACACUGCCUUCUUGCACAAAAGGUGCCGUUAAAUAAAACAUAUUAUUAUCUUAAUUCUGUUUAUAAUCAUUACAUACGAAUAUUACCUCCAAGCUGCUAUAACAUUAAUCAAGAAUGAACGAGGCUUAAGUUAUUUUGGUUUCAAACUCGCCUUCCACGGCUGCAGGACAACUUUAACAAGAGGGCAAGAAUACUCAAUUUUGCAUAGCAUCAACGAAUCAGCGAAAGAAAAAAACGUGGCUCAGCGAUCAUAACUGAGGACGUCGAAUCCAAAUAUCGGUGCACUUGAAUCCCAAAAGCCAGAAUGACUGUUCGUUUACUCUCCAUAACUUCGGUGCAGUAUUUCACCGAAAAUUGUCUUGUUCAGCGACUGUCCUCGCUCGCAUUUUCACAAUGCAUGAUUAGUAGUCUUUCCCAAACGUUUACUCUGACGGUAUCACUUAAUUUAGAUGGCUUCUAUUAAAAUUUCAUAUCGGCUUAUGUUCACCCGUCCACAUGUCACUGCUGAGCAAAAAUUUCCACAUUCUCAAUUGGUCACUAUUCUUGUUCACAUUUCGAGAGUCAGCGAGAUGUGCUUUUAACUCUCCAGGCUGGCUCACUUUUCCGCGCAGCACCAGCCGCUUGGUGCAAAAUCAAAGAACCUGCAACCCCAGGCUUUCGGGAAUUUGUGAUAGUCCCUGUUCUGAACUCCUAUCGCUCAUUCCGAGGGUUUGAUUAGCUACAUGACCGUAUAAUAAAUUAUAUUUAUCUUAUUUUAUUGCUUUUUAAGGGUACAAUUUUACAGCUCCGAUCCUGAAAGCCUCCGAAAAGAAGAAAGAUUCCAUGAUUGUCAUCGUAAUUGGAGUGUUAGUCCUCUUCAUAGCCAUUCUUGUAAUCAUGUUGACGAUUUUCUUGGUCAGAAAACAUCACAGGAGGAAGGACACCCAAGUGCAAAAAAAGCCGGACGAGGACGAUAACGAGUGCGUGGCAGUGUGAGAAUAAGGAAAGUCAAAUAAUCAGCACGAACUUAAUUCAACAUAUUUUGCUCCUGAUUUCAGGUCGAAACCAAAGGAAAUUCACAAUUCUACGGCCCUCAAGUUCAUACUACUUGCGUUUGAGUAAAAUCAUUCUUAUCCUCACUCUGCAAAGCCGUCGUAAAAAAUUGCCCGAGAAAUUUCCCUCAUGCCAGUCAAAUACUAAUGCGUUCUCUCAGAACAACAAAUAGAAUAUCAGGAGAGCAUGAAACUGUGAUGGUAUUUGAGAUAAACAACCUCAUAAAACAAUUUAUAAUUAUGGCUGUAAUGAAACUGCAAUCUCACUAAGAUCACAGAAUAAGGUUGCUUUAUUCACUCAGACGCCUCCGCGCUGUCGUAUUCAUGUGUAUUGACGUUUACAUUUUUGGAACUUUCUUGGAGAAACUACUUAGGUGUGGGUACUUCCAUUAAAAUAAACACAGCUCAUUCGAAGAAAAGAAAUAGACAGCGUACAAUUGAUCGACGCGGAUAUUAAUCGCUUAUGCAAAGUGUAUUUCUUAGACGUCCUUUUAUAGAAAGUUUUCAAUCGAGAAUUUAUAGUUCAGCAAAAUAUGUUAGGCCAGUUUUAAUUGAAUGAUAUUAGAAGAUAUAUAAAUUAUGGCGACAAACAAAAAUACAUGCAUGAAACAUCGUUCUUAAGAUUCCCCCGAAAUUAUAAUUGCUCAAAUAUCCCGCUCUGAAUGCCAGUUUCAUUUCAGUUUUUCCAAAUAUUUAAGAUAGCUGA